GUUUUAUAAUCUAUGGACAAACAAUAAUACUAUUGUUAUUGUGAGGUUAUAUCAGAUUAUAUAGUCGAUUUUGCAGAAAAAUGCUUAAUAAAUGUGCUCGAAAUUCUUUUAAAAAAAUAGAACGCUGUUUGGAGUGAAUAAAAUAGUGAAUUAUUUAUUAUUUCUCAUGUUAUUUUUUUGUUGUGUCAACAGAUUUAUGCCUUCUACGCGUAUCAUCGUGACGUUUAUGAGGCAUCAAAAAUGGUUACUGUGCAAGAUAUUGGUUUGCAACUUACGAAACCAGUGAAAGAAUUAGCAGAAUGGAAGUUUCCUUUUUCGCAAACUCUGGAAAAAUAUUGCUCUUUGUUCGAUACCACAUGCAAUAAAAAUUUUGGUGAAGCUGGACUUGUCCUACAAAACUCUACUGCUGUAUAUGUACAUAGAAUAGAUUCUUUAUGGAAUAAGACUGGGUAUUUUAAAAAUGUAUUUUCAGAUGUCGAAAACGAAGAAGUACCAAAGAAUUCCAACAAAAAAAAGGACAGAAAGACUGAUAUGUGUUUCCAAGAGUUCAAAACUGUUGACUUUGCUCAAGAAGGAGAAAAAAAUAUUGAUCUUAAGAAAAAUCAUAUAAUAUAUGAUAUAGUUAAAUCAAAAAGCCGACGCUUUACUCAAUUAGAAAAAAGUGUCGCACAACAUAUCCCUAUUAACAUGUGUGAUGUAAAUGGAGAAGUUAUUGGUAAAAAAUAUGAUUUUCGAUGUAAUCAGAAUGUUAGCAUGGAUGGCAUAUUGAUCGAUGAAUUUACACCACAAGAUUUUUGUUGCGAUAGUGAGAACUCUGUCAUAGAAAGUUCUAUAUCUUCAAAUUAUUCGGACCUGACUAAAUCCUUCGAAUCUUCAUGCAAUAAGUUAACAGAUUCUACUAUGCAAGACGAUGAAAAUAAUAAAAACGACAAUAGUGAUGCUGAAUCUACAAGAAAUGAUGAUAGUUGGCAGACAGAAGAGAAUUCAUUUCUUGCUUCUACAUUUGAAUCAACGCAACAAAAUCUCUCUUUAUCUACAAAUAUUGACACUAAUAACACGAUUAGUGCAGAGAAUACCCUAAAUGAUGACUGUCAUGAUAUGACUCUAAUCUCGAAUGAGUCACGCAUGGAUAUUCCCUGUAAUGCAAGUUCACCGAUGAUAACUGAUGAUAUUAACAACACCAUUUCAUCGAAUAAUAAUGAUUCGGAUGCUAUAUAUUUUAAUGAUAGUGUCAGGAAAAGUAUAGAUAUUAGUAGUGUGUUAGAUAGUCCACCUGAAUCGGUAAAUUCGAAAGAAAGAACUUCAUCGACAGACGAUCCAACGUUGUUAAACAACACAAAUGAAACUUUAUUAGGAGCGAAGUUAGACGCGAGUCUUGUGCAAUCUAUUUUUCCGAAGCACAAUGCAACAGAAAAUACAUGUGCGCUUUCUACUUUGAAAUCUCCAUCGAAAUCUCCAUCAAAAUCUCCAUCGAAAUCGCUUAAAACCAAUCGAAAACUACUCACACCGGGUAAAAGAAAACAAAACAUAACGAAGAAGAAGUUAAUUAAUAUUUUCAAACAAUUAAAUUCGUCGCAACGAGGUAGACCAAACAUGUUCAAGAAAAGCUCGACUGAAUGCUUAAAAUAUAUACGAGAAUACGAUUCGCGUAAAUACGAAGAAGUAGUGAACGAAGCGCUGGAUUCUUUAGGAUUUCGAUUACGUGUGAACGAAUCAAAUAUGAGUGUUGACGAUGUUACUAAUAUCAAUGAUAACAUAAUAUCGACUUCGAGUGAUGAUGAAAAUUCCGAAAUGCAGAGUUCAAGUUCUAUUAAUAUGUCAUCUUCACAGGAAAAUUUUUAUGAUUCUUCGUUUCGAACGGACUCGCCACAUUUCAUGCUGGGAAAUGUAAACAAAUGGCAUGAAUACAUACAACCUAAAUUGCGCGAAGCCGAGCAAAGAUCGACGUUUUGCAUUCGCGAUUAUACAUCGCGAGUUAUGUCGACUCUGAAAUCGAAACAAAAAGUUAAUUUCGCUAAUAUUAUGCAAAACGAGCACCCUUGCGAGGUGGCCAGAUAUUUUUUGGCAUCAUUGGACUUGGCCGCAAAGUACAAGAUUGACAUAAAUACGAACAUAAACCUCGAUAAUAUAGAAAUUGUUCUACAUGAAGAGGACAGACAGAGUUCUGUUGAAGCGGAUUCACAUAAAUAACAUGCAAAUAUUAGGUUUAAAAAUUCUGUACAUUGUGUAAAGAAAAAUCACUUAUAUGUACCUUUGCCAGUUGGCAAAAGCGAACCCAGUUUCUACUGUGAUAUUAUCAGCAGCUAAAGAGUGCAAUUUUUAUAAAAACAAAGAUAUAGUAUAUAUUUGGGAAUUAAAUAUUUUUUUCACAGGG